UACGGCUAGCUUCGAUCUCGCCCACCCCUUGGGCGCUACUUUUCUUGCCGCUUUCAGCCCAGGCACGCGCAAUAGAAGCUGGCAUGUAUGGCCUUCGAUUACUGGACCGGCGAAUAUUAGCCUAGGGUCGUUGCCACAUGGAACUUCUUGCCUUCUUGCUUUUUUGACCUUUCCUGUCUUUUGUCGUCCGCCAGCCUCCUCACUGUGCUAUUCAACCUAUUUUCGACAAGAGGACGAACAAUGAGCGGACAAUACCCCCCCGAAGCGCUUGGAAGCGCAGUCGGAGUGCUCAUAUACUCGUUCCUGAGUCUCGCGUGCUGCAUCUUAUCCCUAUGGCUCGUGUCUGUCCACGCCGAGAAGACGAGUUAUGUCGGCCUCUUGGCUUUUUCAGUCUUCCUCGGCACUUCAGCCAGUAUUGCACAGCAACUUCACGGCAUCAUAAGCUGGGAAGAUGUCAAAUGGGACCAACACCGAUUUGCUAUCGAAAAUGCUGGCUCGCCACAGCUUAUCGUCUCUGGACAAUCACAAGGACUGGACCUAGGGCUGUUCUAUAUCCAGGCGUAUAGCUACAAUGUCUGUGCGCUGCUGUCUCUUUCUUGGGCUUCUACUCUGGCCCAGUCUAUUCUUGGCUUUUCCGAUGUGGACAGGUUUACAAGAUUCGUCAAGCACUCAACAAUCUCCACAAAGGUCUUUGCGUGGGUGUUCCCACCCAUCAUGUUGAGCCUGCUUGCUGCGCCGCCCAUUCAAAAGUCCACUGUGGCAUUCCUGGUCGUUUUUGACUUCUGCAUGCUCGGGGGUCUGGCCUUGACGUCUUUCCUUCUGGCAUUCAUCCUCGGCAAAUACAUCUACACGCGACGAAAGCUCUUGUCCUGGAAUCCAUAUGCCCGCCCUGUUCAAGCCACUGGCCAGUCGUCCAUCUAUGAUCGCUGGCUUCUGAUGCGCUUCACCAUUGCUUUCUUUGUCUUGAGCGCCUACGAAAUUGUCACAGUCCUGUUCCAGGCCAGCCACGCAGCGAGUACUAAGGACGCCGCCAGCAUCGGCUCCGAGCCAGAUCUAUCUGCAGCGCGAGCAUUCGGCGAGAAUCUUGUCUACCUACCCGGAGUGUCAUCGGGCUUCCUGGUCUUCGUCGUCUUCGGCACCACCAAGACCUUCCGAACAACCAUGUACCAGACUUUUGUGCCGAAACGUUUCCAAAAGGUGGAGCGCAAGACGAACCAGUCAGCCUAUGGCAGUGCGUCUGCGACGAUGCAUACGAGCCGUAAUGGUGGCGUUGAUGGCGUGCAGGUCACGUCGACAUUCUAUGUAGAGAGUCAGAAGAGCAAUGCUGCGCGUAGCGAGGAGGCGAUUGAACUGGGCGACACCACGGCUGACGACGAUAUACAUCACCACUACCGGUCAAGGCUGCGUCAGCAAGGAAAGGAGGCGGAUGAGCGGCCCAUAUUGGAGCACACGACUCAGGUUUCGGUACGACACCCGUGAGAUUCCUUCUCCGGCACAUUUAUGAGGGCUCUUGAUGGAUGGAUUAUUGUAGGCGGGUGCCAUUAUUUUGCUUGGUGCAUGGGCGUUGUUAUCUUGAGGGUUUUGAAACACCUUGAACUAGAACACAGAAUUCUCGCGAAUAUACCCUUUUCACACAGACAGAAGCCUG